ACCCGGCGCCCGCAAUACUUCUGAAGAAGGGAGCACUAUUGAAUACUUUUUUCGGCUUGUGGGCUUUUUUGAUUGGGGAAUCGCUGAACUGUGGCGGAUAGAAUGGCGCGUUUAGUUUAGGACCAUCAGGUAUUGUGUGGGAUCCUCCGUCAGUUCUAUUCAUUGAUGUGUACAAUCGCCUUAACAACGAGCAUCAAGCGAAUCGUUACACGACAAUAUACCAAUGCCCCAUGUGCAUAAGAUCAUGUAAGGCAUAUAGCAAAGUAAAUUGCAGAAUAUCUUGGAUUAAUCUUGCAGAUACGGUUUCAGUUUCAAAGGAUACAGUGGAAAAAUAACUAGUUCAUCCUCGAGAGAAAGUGUCGGCCCUACAGUAAGAUACACUUCUAAGUUGUGAAGAUCCGGACCAGAAGAUUGACUUGUAUAGAAGAUCAGAAGACGUCAUUUCCAUCAUCAUGUGGUUUUUCGUAGUAAAGUGACGUCACGAAAAGGCUAGGCCUACUUGACAUUCAUGUUUGUUAUAUAUUGUUUACCAUUAUUCAUUAAUAAGGAGUUGUUCACGAUCAUUUAUAUUCACUCCACCCAACUACAUCAACAAGAUUGGAAUAUUUACGCACUUCGACAAGAUGAAACCUUAGCGACUUCUCAAGACUUUACUGCUUGACAUUCUAUUUAGAAUAUACUAUUUGUGGAUUAAUUUUUUGAAAGUAUUAUUUAUAUUCGUCAAUCUUAGCCAACAUGGGGUCCGGAGCAUCUAAGAAGAAACCAGAGGUUCAGAAAAAGUUGAGCACCGUGGCAGCCUUCAGCGACGCAGGUAAACGAGCCAAGAAAAAGAGAGAAAAUAAAGAAACAGAAUCUACAGAAACGAAUGGAAAUGAUCCAGAGAAGGAUGCAUUUAUUACACAACCAGACCACGAGAAAGAGAAUGGAGGACCAGUUACCAAUGAUAACAAUAAAGUUGAAUCAUCAAUUCAAAAUGGCGUCUCUCCCUCUCACGUACCUGCCGCAACAGAACCAGAAGCAGAAGAAGAUGAAGUUUUCGACAAGGUCACCAAAAUACAAAGUGUUUUCCGUGGAUACCAGGACAGGAAAUCAUUACAAAAACAGAAUGAAAUGGCCAUCAAAAUACAGAGGCGAUUUCGUCGUCAUCGUUCCUCGAUAUUGAGUGAUACCAGCGAAAUCCCAGAUUCUACCCCUUCGUCACCGCAACCAGCCGCACCUGUACCAGAAUAUGAAAAACCAACGGUAAAAAAACUCACCAAAGAAGAACAAAUGAAGGUCCGAGCUGAAGAAAUGAAAGAAUUCCACAGAGGUAACCGAAUGUGUAUUUAGUGCAACAUAUUACAUGAAUCAAUCCAACGAACGAAAAACCCUUC